GUCGUUCGCGAUAUCGAACGUGGUGACGUAUGUGGUCCGCCGCCUGUUGGUCUUUCACAGUUGGUGACGAGUAUUAUGAAAAUGGCCUCGACCCUACCCGUAAGCGCGAAUAUCCAGAGAAGAUGACGACGCUGAGCUUUUUAAGUCAGUUGAACACCAAAGUGUCUUCCUUCAAUACGUAGGUAGCGGCCACGGUAGCAAGAAAGAAACGGACCCGGUCACGAAAAGUAGAAGAAACGCCCCAGACCACAGCAUAUUUUCGUUGGUCUGAGGAUCCACCAUGGAGGAUAUCAACUCUAAUAUCAACGCAGACUUGGAGGUGCGGAAGCUCCAGGACUUGGUGAAAAAACUCGAGCAGCAAAACGAACAGCUGAGGAGCCGCUCUACGAUGUUGUCCUCGUCGGGAACAAUGUCAGGGAACCACAGACCUCUCAGCGCCGGAUACGAGUCGUCGUCCCUGUCAGUGGGGAUGGCAGCCGGUCUGGCCGGCUUCCCUGGGGUGGGGUUCGUCGGUACGGGAGGCUACGGUGGGCUGCUGGAGAACAACCGCUGUUUGAACCCCAGGCUGUCUUACGACGGCAUUAGUUUUAGGAGGGCGUACGAAUUUGAAGGGGCAUCCGCCGCCACCUCGGUGCCGAGUAUGAACUCACUUUACUCGGACAACACCGGGGGCUUUCUGGCGGAGGGGGAGACCUCAGUCCUCGAUGAAGUGGACAUCUUGGACCUUGAAGACAUGGAUUGUCUAAACGAAGACGAGGACAGCUGGUUAUAUGAGGCUAAACUUAACAGCCCCCUGCAAAAAGCCUUGAGCCCAAUCGUGUGGUGCCGUCAGGCUUUGGAUAACCCCAGCCCUGAGAUCGAAUCAGCUAAGCGUUCCCUCAUCCACAGACUGGACCUCACAAUGUCAGCCAACAAGCGCAGGAGCUUCUAUGGAAGCCCCUAUGUCCAGCAAGGCUACGGGAGCCCGUAUAGCACAAAUGCGGCCAACAGUCCGUACAGCAGUGGCUUCAACUCCCCCUCCUCCACCCCCAGCAGAGUGCCCAUUGUCCGACAGCAGCUCAUGCCCAGUAACGCAGUUCACCAACGAAAUUCAGCCGCAGAGAGAAAUCCUCCUGCCAUAAGCCCACAGUCGUCAGUGGACAGUGAGCUGAGCACAUCAGAGAUGGACGAGGACUCGGUGGGCUCCUCGACCACCUACAAGCUCAACGACGUCACUGACGUCCAGAUUCUGGCGCGCAUGCAGGAAGAGAGUUUAAGGCAGGACUACGCCGCCACCGCGUCCCGUCGGAGUUCGGGCUCCUCCUGCCACUCACUGCGGCGCAGCACCUUUAGUGACCAGGAGUUGGACGCGCACAGCCUGGAGGACGAGGAGGAGGCGGUGCACCUGGCCUUCCCUCUGCCUUCCAACCGCUUCAGCCCCUCCCCUCGACACUCCCCGCGCGCUUCCCCCCGCAAUUCUCCCCGCUCGCGAUCCCCGGCCCGCUCCAUGGACUACAAUCACAGCCGCGGCUCGCCGCAGCCCAUCAUCAGCCGCCUGCAGCAGCCGCGCCACUCGCUGCAGGGCCACGGCCACGACCUGCAGACCAGCGUGGUGAAGAACGAAGAAAAGUUGCGCCGUAGCCUUCCCAACCUCACCCGCUCCUCGACGGCGGCGGCGGCUCAGACCCCAGAGCCCGUGAAGAACAGCCGCAGCUGCGAGUCCAACCUGCAGGUGCCCAACGGCGGCUCCCCUCGCCAUCAGAACCAGUCUGCAACAGCUCAGCUCCCGAGAUACGCCACCCCUUCUCGCUCGUCCCCGAAACCCAAACAGCUCCUCAAAAGCCCAACUGCCCUGCGAGUCCCCUCGCCCAGUAAGCUGCGUACUCCGGCGACGCCGUCACCUCUGACUCUGAGGCAACCGGUCAAGGCCACGUCCACCCCCAAUUCAGCCACGUCUACCCCCACCCGCUCGCUGGCUGCUCCGCGCAGUGGCUUGCCCCGACCCAGUGCUUCUGCAGGAGGAGGCAUUCCUCUGCCCCGCAGCAAGCUGGCCCAGCCUGUGCGCAGAUCUCUCCCUGCUCCUCGGUCUUACAGCGGCACAGGUGACAACUGGAGAGAAGGUUGCUACUGACACUGUCCAGCAGGGGGCUGUCCAGUCACAUUAUCAACACAAGGAGUCGGACAGUACAACAUGGCACUUUAUGUACCUUGGUAACUUUGACAGUAAAGAGAGAGACGAAGUCCCAAGAAAAAAACACAAAUCAGAACUUUAAAAAAACAAGCGGACAUAGUCCACAUUUUGUCAAAGAUGGCCUCCUGUUGUGUGGAAACUGGCUGUGGAGGGAUCAGGCAAGUGGUGCGGACAGCCCAGAAGAUGCCAAAGAAACCAGUCCAUCUCCAGCUCCGCCAACAGAGGCCACAUCACCUGCCUUGUUUUGACUGCAGUCAUCUGUGAGACAGUCUACAGUCCUCCCCCCCCCCCCCCCCCCCC